GAGAAAGCCUGAUUAAAGCCGCUCUCACUCCUCAGCGUUCUCAGGAGGGACACUGAUAAAGGCUUCGUCCCGAAAAGCAGAAGAAGCCUCCGUGUAGUAUUCACAAUCUUACCCCAACUGCAUUGUGACGUAGGCUGCUAGUUAGCGGGGUAGUGUGCGGUUUGGGACGGAGCCAGAGGGGCUGGCUGGCCACCUUUGCUUCUGAUUAACAGCAGGAAAAGGCACAGAAAAGCACCACUUCAGACCCAUUCGCUGGAGUAAUAGUCUCAGUUCUAGUUAGUGCAGUGGCCGUUCAUUUUGUUGUAAAGCUGAAUAUUUCCAGGUAAUGGAUCAGCUGGAAUAAAGUCGGGGUGUCUAAAGCAGUGGUUUGAGAUUAUAGUGGAGUCCCGCUUCUGUACUAAACAGCAGGUUAAGCAGUGUAGUGUGUGCUGUAGUGUGUGCAGUAGUGUGGAAAGUACAGUGAGGGGUUUGGACGCAGUCUGUAAGCCGUUGAGCCUGCAGUCGAACGGGGUGCGCUGUGACGUCAUCACUUCCGCCCUGCGCGCGCUGUGUGCUGUGUGCCUGCUCGCCUUCUCUGCUGCACAAUCCAACAUGGAGUAAUGAGAGAUGGGGCUCGUACGGGGCCACCCUCAGCAACAUCAACCGCGCAUUUAGCACCACAGCCUGUCCGGAAUCCAUGCAAAUGCUCCUUACGGGAAAGAAUAACCAGGGCUUAUUCACUCGCGGCUGCGGAUUUGGCGUCCUUCACCACUUUCAUCAGCAACUGGUUAGCUCCGGAGGAAAAAAAGAGAGACGAAAAGCCAUCAGGAACGGAGGGACGAAGAGGAGAACAAAAACAAACCGAAUACGAAAAGGGCUAACCGAGUGACAGUAGUAGUGCAGUGACAUGUGAGGGAUUUAUUUUGGGGGAAAGGGUGGCAAGAAACAAUGACGAGCGAAAAGAGUGCACCCGCUGUGGGAUUUUGUGCUAGGUGAAACGAGAAAAUGAUUGAAGAAACACACCCAAACGAUGACAGUUACAUCGUACGCGUCAAAGCGGUGGUAAUGACCCGGGAUGACUCGAGUGGGGGUUGGUUAGCACAGGAGGGUGGAGGGCUCAGCCGAGUCGGUGUCUGCAAGGUGGCACCCGCUGAGCUGAGCGGCCACAGCGACUUCCUCAUCCAUGGAGAGCGCCUCAAAGACAAGCAGGUGGUCCUGGAAUGCUUUGUGAGGAAAGAUCUUAUCUACACCAAGGCCACGCCCACGUUUCAUCACUGGAAGGUUGACAACAAAAAGUGUGGCCUCACGUUCCAGAGUCCUGCUGAUGCCCGCGCUUUUGACCGAGGGGUACGGAAAGCCCUGGAGGACAUAACAGAAGGUUCCACAACUUCCUCUUCAACACUCCAGAAUGAAGCUGAACUAGGAGACGACGAUGUUUUCACAACCGCCACUGACAGCUCGUCCAACUCAUCCCAGAAAAAGGAGCAGGCCAUGCAGCCACUGACCACCUCCACCUUCUAUGAACCACACCGGCAUCACCAUCACUACAUUCUGGGUCACUUCCAUGAGCAGUACAGGACCUCAGAGCGCUACUUUCUGGACCAGGCAGCACCCAGGUUGGCACGGCGUGUCAGCUUCCUAGAUGAAGAGGAGGAGGUUGUGCGUAUAAACCCACGUGAGCGUGCUUGGCUCUCAGGCUAUGAGGACUACCGGCAUGCAGCAGCGCGUGCUCAGGGUCUCGACUCUUACGUGCACUUCGCCAAGGGCGAUGCACCAGCCAAGCAUGACUACAGCUAUCCGUAUGCACCGGGGUCAGAGCUGAGCAAGGGCCCUCGCCGAGGCUCCGGGGGCGGAGCUGUGGUUUCUCAGCCAAUCAGCUUCAAACACAAGGAGGAUGAGGAAGAGGGUUUGGGUGAGCGGCGACAUUGCGUCUACUGCGGCGUUUAUUUCCGGCAUGAGGAGAAUGGCCGAGGCCGCUGCCCUGAUGCUCCAGACCCGGCCCGUGUGUGCAUCCGACGCUUCAGCUGCAUGUGGUGUGCAGAUAGCCUGCUCUACCACUGCAUGUCGGAUCCGGAGGGCGAUUACUCUGAUCCCUGCUCAUGCGACACGGCCGACGAACGUUUCUGCCUGCGCUGGCUUGCCCUACUCGGCCUUGCACUGCUCGCUCCCUGCCUCUGCUGCUACCCGCCGCUGCACGCCUGUCACCGAUGUGCCGUGGCCUGUGGCUGCUGUGGUGGGAAGCACAAGGCCGCUGCAUGACCCCUGACACUGAUCCCGCCCAAUAUAUCACAUACUGAACGCACCCAGAUAAAUGGCGGCAUUGAGGAAGGCAACAGGAGGCAGGAAGAAAGUUCAUCGUGUCUUUUCAGUUUCCUUUUUAGUCUGUCUCAAUUCCUACUCCAGACAGACAAAAAGAACAAAAAUGGUGCAUUUAACUGGCUUGAAUAUUUUUUCUUUUUUAUAUAAAUAUGAAUAUAUAUUAUAUUAUAUAAAUGUGUGCGUGCGUGUGUGUAUGUGCGUUCCUGUGUAUGUUUCCUUUUCUCAUUUUCUGGACGUUCUCUUCAGUUCCUGGUGAAAAAAAUGGCUCUUGUUUUUUUUCAGGUGGCCCUUUUGGAGCCAACUUGUUAAGCAUUACUUAUGCAGGUACUUUAUAUUUUUACACUGAUUUUUAGUUUCAAGAACUUGAAUUCUUUAUUUUUAAUUGUGCGUGCACUCGAUUGCAGAAUCAGUUGUUUGAUUUUGGGUUUGUUUGCCAUGGCCAGCUAACUGAGGUGUAAUCUAUCUGAAACCCUCAAAACUUACUAAAUAAUAACAGUGAGAUUAGCUUGAGACACUAAACCUGUAGUGAGGUUCACAGUGCGCGCUUGAUUGGGACUGCGUGCGUGCGUGUGUGUGUGUGUGUGCGUGUAAUAGUGCAGAAGCCUGCAUGUGUGUUGUAAAGGAAUGAGAACAUUGUAUUACAGCAUAGUAUUGUUGUUAUUGUAUUUAAGCCAAAUUUUACAUAAGCUGCAGUGUGAGUAUAUGUAAAUACUGUAUACUCAUAUGUAUAUGUUUAAAAUUGAUUAUUAUAUCCACAACCACAUUUGUGGACUUUUUGCUUUCUGUUGAUUAGAAUAGUGGAUAAGGAGCUCUUUUAAAUGACCAUAAUUGAUAUCCAAAGAUUGUUUAUUGGGUUUUUUGUCAUAUUUAUUUUCUUAGUCAAUUGAAUCACCAGCCAAAGGGAGAAGGAAAUAUGGACAUAGAGUUUGGCUUUUGAACUAGAAGCCUGGUCAUAUGAGAGAGUAGAAGGAGCCCAGUUGGAACAGUGUAUAUUAUGCUUGGAGUGAAAUGCAUGACGAGUAUCUGUUUCCCCACUCCGACAUGUGGCUUUUAACACUUUAAAAUUAGUGGAAAAUUUUUUUUCUUUUUCUCGUUUUCAAAACUGAUCCUGCUCUAUAGGAAAACUAAAAGAACAGGACACCUAUUAGAGGGACAUUUGCCAAAAUGAUCUCUGAUGUUUCUCAAAGCCUUAAUUUUGGUUAAAAAAAAAAAGUGAUGGCAAUUUCAUUGUGUCUGCCACGACGUUUACUCAUAAGACAGACGCAUCUUUGUGAGUUGUUUUAAAUCAAGAGAAAGUGAAGAAUAUUUUUGUAAUAUAUCAAAUAUGAUCACAUCAAAUGAGCCUUUUUUUAAUUAAGAGAAUGUGUUUAAAGUGUAGAAGGACAUAGUAGGGAUAAAUGGCAUCGUACAAUCUGUGAGGCAGCUCUGGUACGUGUGUAUAGUCUGUCUCAGACAUUAUAUCCUGCUCCAACCCGUGAAUGACAUUGCAAUCAUUCAGUCACUGUUCAUAAAAAUCAUGCAAUGAAGAAAUACUAUCUGGUUUAGCUAGUAAAGCUGUAUGUGCACGAUUCGGUCUUUGAAUGUACAUGGCUAUUACUAAUGUCUGUGUUUAAACCAUAACAUUCACCCUGCUCAUGGGAGCUACAGUCAUAUUAGUACAUUACAAACACAGCUGUGUCUCACUGAAAAUGUAGAAUGUCUGUCAGUACAUGGGAGGUUAGGGAGGAGUGUCACUGUAUCCUUCAUCCACAGCACAUCCUUUUUGGCUCUCCAUCAGCUUUGGCAAUACUGAAUAAACAUCAUCCUCUUCACUAAGAGCCCGGGAUACCUGUGGUUUAAAACAAAACAAAACAAAAAAAAGAAGUCUGUACAUCUGUCACAGUGCAGUCUUGCUACUACACACAUUUUACAUGUUUAAAAAGUGCCUGAAGCAUAUUGUUAAUCUGUCUCCUUGUAUACUAAAAGAAAGAUUAAAUAAACCCUAUUGUAUUGAUUAGUUUUGUUUUUUACAAUAAGAAUUUUUACCUCUGUAAAAAGCAAAAAAAAAAAAAAAAACUAUAUCAAGUGUAUGAUGUACAUUUUUAUUUCUAUUUUUUUUUAUUGUUUCUAACUUGUAUGUUCAAUGAAGCUCUUUGCUUUUGAGAGGACAAAAGAAAGAAAGUACUUUGUAAAUACAGGUAGAUCAUGUCAGAACUACCAGAAGUGUGGCCUGGCCAGUAAGUAGUUCUACAUGUGUGUCCUAGCUCCCAAUAAAAAUAAAACAGAAAUUCACUUA